AUGAAUCAUGACGGACAUGUGAUCAAACCUGUUACCGGAAUGGAUACUUCAUCUUUCUCAGAAUGGCAUUCUCCGUUGUUAUCUGGGUACAUCAGCUCACCGUCACCGACUAUGGCUGCAGGUUCACGUGGCUCAAUGGGCGGUUGUGGUGGAGGUGAAGAUGAGUCGACAAGGAAAAGGCAAGUGCGAUUGCUGAAAAAUCGUGAAGCCGCUAAGGAGUGCCGCCGCAAGAAGAAGGUAUGUUUUUAG